AAAUGUCCACCAUUUUUAGCUAAUAUCUCCACAGAAACUAGUCCCAUUAAUCAUAAUAAUUUCAAGCUAAUUAGAGAUGGAGACAUGGUUUCUUAUCAUCCUAGUAUCUUUCUUCAUCUUUAUCUUCCUCAAAGCCCUACUUAACCUUUUCUUUUCUUCCAUGAACAAGAAGCCUAUCCUCACCCUCCCUCCAGGACCCCUUAGCUUACCUAUCAUUGGCAACGUUAACGUUCUAUGGCUCCUCAAAUCCAUAGGGGACCUUGUGCCUAUCGUUCGCUCCCUUCACGCCAAGUUCGGCCCCAUUGUCACCCUGCGCAUUGGCCCUCGACCCGCCAUCUUCAUAGCCGAUCGCCACCUUGCUCACCAGGCUUUAAUCCAAAAGAGUGCUGUUUUCGCUGAUCGCCCUGUUUCUCAUGCUCUUAACACAAUUAUCAGUGGCAAUCAGCAUAAUAUCAACCAGGGCUUUUUCGGCCCGACUUGGCGCAUCCUUCGCCGCAACCUCAAUUCUGAAAUCCUCCAAUCUUCGCGGGUGAAGUCAUACUCCCAUGCUCGAAAAUGGGCUCUUACAAAUCUCCUUAAUUGCUUUGAAAUGCAGUCAAAAUCUGGAGAUUAUAUUCGUGUAAUUGAUCAUGUUCGCUAUGCUGUGUUCAGCCUGUUACUCUUCAUGUGUUUUGGCGAGAAAUUUGAACGAGAAAAGAUUGAAGAAAUUCAAAGAGUUGUAAUUGGAAUGUAUGAUACAAAAUUCAAUAUACUCAACUUCUGGCCAAGAUUUUCAAGAAUCAUGUAUAGUAAGCUGUGGUCAGAGUUCUUGCAGCUUCAAAAGAAGCAAGAAGAUUUAUUCAUUCCUUUAAUGAAAUCAAGAAAGAAGUUGAAAGAAGAGAGAUUGAGCAAGACCGAUCACAACAAGAAAAAUGAUGACUAUGUCUUAUCAUAUGUUGACACUAUUGUGGAUCUUCAGCUUCCCCACGAGAAGAGGAAGCUAAGCGACAUUGAAAUGGUCGCUUUAUGCAAUGAGUUUCUAUUUGGAGGAUCAGACACUACUGGCAAUGUCAUUCAAUGGAUAAUGGCGAAUUUGGUGAUGUACCAACAUAUUCAAGAGAAGUUAUUUGUGGAGAUUAAAGGAGUUGUCGGUGAUGCAGAGAAGGAGAUAAAAGAAGAUGAUUUGCAGAAGAUGCCAUAUCUAAAAGCUGUAGUUUUAGAAGGGCUAAGAAGGCACCCACCAACACAUUUCUUGUUGCCACAUGCGGUGACUGAAGACGUGAUGUUGGGUGGAUAUUUAGUGCCCAAAAAGGGGUCUGUAAAUUUCAUGGUAGCAGAUAUCGGGUGGGAUCCAAAGGUAUGGGAGGAUCCAAUGGUGUUUAACCCUGAGAGAUUCAUUGGUGGAGAAGCGUUUGAUAUAGCGGGAAUCAAGGAGAUUAAGAUGAUGCCAUUUGGAGCAGGAAGGAGGAUGUGCCCUGGAUAUGGAUUGGCUUUACUUCAUUUGGAGUAUUUUGUGGCCAAUUUGGUUUGGAAUUUUGAGUGGAAGGCUGUUGAUGGAAAUGAUAUUGACUUGUCACAGAAGCAAGAGGUUACAAUGGUGAUGAAGAAUCCAUUGGAGGUUCGCAUAUCUCCUAGGUUAAGCAGUAUAAUAUAAGGGGAAGUAAAAAUUGCGGUCUGCAAUUGUUUAUUAAGUAUAAAACAAGUUCUCAUACUUCAGUAGAUUAAUAAGACGAGGGAAACUUCUUGUUUGUUCGUUCGACAGUAAAAAUGAUUAUCGCUAUUUUGAUGCCUUA